CAGGAGAAGCUAUUGCGAGACCCCUUUCUUAACAAGGUAAUAGAUAUGGCAUUGACAGAUCUUGAUCAUCUGCACCGUCCUUGAUCCAAGCUUCGCCCGACACCGCUCCCUGCCCUCGAAUCUCCCAACGGAGGGGCAGAAACACGAGCAUCAUGGCAGCAAACAAGACUCUCGACCCGACAACAUGUACCACAGCUUCCGAAGCAUUCAAAUACCCUCUUCCACAAGUCAGACAAUUCCACCGCACCCUGACAUCCGAGCUCGACGAGAAGAAUGCACGAUUACGGACGUUGGUGGGAGGGAGCUACAGACAGCUUCUGGGGACGGCAGAGACGAUUCUACAAAUGCGUGGGGACAUUGGAUAUGUGGAGGACAAACUUGGCCGAGUAGGGAAGGGAUGUGGAAGAGGAGUGGUUGGUGGGAUGGCGGCUGGAAUGGCGAAGCUUCAGGAGAGUGGAAGAGGGGGCAAAAGGGUGUCUGAUCUAGAAUGGUGUGCGCGGAUGAAAGUGCUGGAUAUGUGCGCAGUCACAGUUGGUAGACUCAUGAAAAAGGGUGGAAGUGGAACUUCGGACUCAAAGGAAGGGAAAGGGAAGAAUUUGGUACUUGCUGCUAAAGUACUUGUGCUCAGUCGAUUGUUGGUCAAGAGUGUGGAUACAGCUACCCCGCAGAGGAACGACCAGGAGAAGGAAGCAGUCGAUGAAAUCAAGAAGAAGCUGAAGAUUCUGAGACGAAGGUUGGAGAAGGCUGUGGAAAGGACGUUGGAGAAGAUUGGAGACAACAGGGAUGAUCUGAUCCAAGCACUCUGUGCAUACAGUCUUGCUACGAACUAUGGAGCCAAGGAUGUCUUACGACACUUUCUAGAUGUUCAAGGUCAAGCAAUGACUCUUCGUUUUGAGGACGAGGGUGAGAAAAAGGAUGAGGCAGCUGGUGUAGUGAGAGCUUUGGAACUAUACACCAAAACACUCCUGGAUGUUCAAGCAUUGGUACCGCGUCGAUUAUCCGAAGCUCUUGCACACCUGAAGUCGAAACCACUAGUGAAAGACCCCAGUGUCAGGGAAUUGGAAGCACUUCGACUCGACGUAUGCGAAAAAUGGUUUGGAGACGAGAUUCUCUUCUUCAUGCCGUACAUCAGACAUGAUGAUCUCGAGGGUUCAAAUGCCGUCCUUAUGCUGAGAAAGUGGGCAAAGGAGGCUUCUGAAGUCAUGAUGCAAGGAUUCGCCAAGACUCUCAAUCAGAUGCCUGAGUUCAAAUCAGUGGUAGACUUACGAACCAAGAUCCUGGAAAUUUGGAUCAAAGAAGGUGGCAAAGCGAAAGGGUUCGAUCCAUCCAUACUACUCGACGGCUUCCGGAAAGUAGUCAAUGAGAGAAUGGUGGAGCUGUUACAAUCAAGAGUAAGCAAGUUACGUCUGGUGUCGACCGAGAUUGAAGCUACUCUUGGAUCGUGGCAGGCAGGUAUCGCAGAUAAGCAAGAAAGCUUAUGGGAUGAAACGAUGCUUGAAAUGGAGAUCGCCAAUGGAGCAGCUCUCUUCAAACAAGGUGUUGUUGCACGAACAUAUGGACGCAACGAUUCUGUGUCCAGAGUGUUCCGAGGCUAUCAGACAUGGCGGCAUCUUGUUGACGAAAUCAUAGUUGUUAUCGAUCAACUCAAAAAGCAGAAAUGGGACGAUGAUCUCGAAGACAUUGAAGAUGAUCUAAGCCUGGAAUCAAGAAGUACGCUACUGAGCACAGACGAUCCUCAAAUGCUCCAAGAGCACCUAGACUCCAGCCUCGAAACGGCAUACAAGGAUCUGCACGAGAAACUGGGGUCUCUUUUGUCAACAUAUCAAGAUAGCGAACAGAGUGGCCAAAUAUCCGGUUACUUACUUCGCAUAAUCAGAGACAUCCGUUCAGAAAUCCCAAAGAAUCCCACACUGCGCCAGUUUGGCCUCUCACUGAUACCUACGUUGCACGAGCACCUCGCGUCUACCUCUUCUUCAGACUCGCUCGAGGCAUUCCUGAGGACUAUCAAGCGAAAGAAGGUCGCAGGGAGAGCAUUAUGGGAGGGCGAACCAGAAUUACCAGUCCAACCAUCACCCGGCACAUUCAAGUUAUUACACAGUCUAGCAUCAGCAAUGUCGAAAUCCGGACGCGAUUUGUGGAGUCCGGCCGCUAUUGUCACUCUGAAACGACAUCUGAGCUCAGAGCUUUCUGAUCGAUGGAGUCCCGCCCUGAAAGAACAGGAAGAGGCUAAGGAGAUCAAAGUCAAUGGAACGUCUACCAAUGGAGAUGACAAGGAAGCCACCAGUGGUGAGAACAGCACCGAAGACCUGACGAUUGCCCAAGUGGCCGUCGAUCCUCAAGUACAAAAUGAUCUUGCCAUUCAAUCUCUAUUUGAUGUUCAACUUCUUCAAAACGCAUUUGAGGUUACGGACACCAAAGAAAGCUCUGAGAAUGGUCUUGAGGCUUUAGAGAAGAGUUUAGAGCCUCAAACGGAUCUCGAUGCUGCUUCGAGUAAAAGGCUCCAGCUGGCUGCUAAGGAGUAUUGGAAGAGGACUGGCUUGUUGUUCGGUCUUUUGGGAUAG